AUGGCUGACACCGGAGUUCAGCCGGACCAGACGGCGGCGGCACCCCGCAACGACGUCGGGGAUGGGAGCCGCUCGCGCACUCCACCACGGGGGUGCAGCCGCGGACGGAGCCGCGUACGGAGGGAGCGGCAGGUGGUGAUCCACCAGGCGGCGGCCACGGAGCGCGCGCCGCUCGUGCCCGGCGCGGGCACCACGUUCCCAACGCUGACGUCCACGAACUACAUCGAGUGGUCCCUCGUGAUGAAGGUGCAUCUGGAGUCUUGGGGGCUCUGGGACGCGAUCCAGGGCAACGCACAACACGUGCGUGACGACAAGACGGCGCUCGGCGUUCUGUUCCGGGCCGUCCCCCCGGAGAUGCUCGGCGUCCUCGUCGUCAAGGAAACGACGAAGGAGGCCUGGGACACGAUCAAGGUCAUGCGCAUGGGGGUGCACCGUGUACGCGAGGCGACCGCGCAGCGACUGCGCGCGGAGUUCGAGCAGAUCACCUUCCGCGACGGCGAGACUCUCGACUCCUUCGGCAUGCGGAUCACAGCCCUUGUCAACCAGCUGCGCACGCUAGGGGACAACGUCGAUGAGGUGCGCGUGAUCCAGAAGAUCCUCCGUGUCGUCCCCGCCCGUUACGCCCAGAUCGCAGUCGCGAUCGAGACGCUCCUUGACCUGACCACAAUCUCGGUCGAGGAGCUGAUCGGUCGACUGCGCACCGCAGAGGAGCGCUGUGGUGGCAGGGCGGCUCAGGCCAGCGGAGGCGGCCAAUUGCUCAUGACGGAGCAGCAGUGGGACGCGCGGCGCCGAGAGCGCGAGCAGGGCCAGGGGUCCGGCUCGAACGGCGCCGGCAACGGCAACGGCAACGGGGGUGGCGGCAACCGCCGUCGUGGCAAGCCGCGGAACCAGAGGCGCGGCAACAACGCCCAAGGACAAGGCGGCGGCAGCGGUCGCGACAGCACCAGCAACGGCGGGCGCGACAUGUCUAAGGUGAAGUGUUACAAUUGCAAUAAAAACGGCCAUUUCUCCCGUGAUUGCACCGAGCCCCGGCGCGAACGAAAGGAGCAGGCUCACCUGGCGCAAGGUGGGGCAGAGGAGAGCUCGCUCCUGCUCGCGACUGCGGACGUGUGGACCGCGGCCGAACACACGCCGGAGCACGUACUGCUCAACGAAGAGCACUCCCAGGCGCGUGCAGCGGCAGACGGCCAGCGCUGCGACCUAGCCUGCAACAUCGUCAGCAUCGGACAGUUGGACGAGAUCGCCUACGAGACCCAUAUAAGUCUCGGCGUGCUCCAACUCCGUGAUCCUGGUGGGCGUCUCCUCGCGCGAGUGCAUCGGAACCAGGGGAGGUUGUACGUGCUGCAGCUCACACCAGCCCAACCAGUGUGCUUCGCCGCGCACGCUGGAGAGGACGCAUGGCGCUGGCAUGCGCGUUACGGCCACGUGAACUUCCGGGCUCUACGUCAACUUGCCCGGAACGAGCUGGUGCGCGGCCUCCCGUUGUUCGACGAGGCGGACCGUGUCUGCGAAGCAUGCCUCGCUGGCAAACAGCGCCGGGCACCCUUCCCUCAGCAGGCGCUCCGCAGGGCCGGCGAGGUCCUUGAGCUGGUGCACGCGGACCUGUGUGGUCCGAUCUCCCCUCCAACGCCGGGAGGGAAGCGGUACUUCUUGCUGCUGGUAGAUGAUAAGAGCAGGCACAUGUGGUUGUACCUGCUCGCGACCAAGGAUGAGGCGCAGCCCGCUCUGAAGCGAUUCCAGGCCAUGGCGGAGCUCGAGUCCGGGCGGCAACUCAAGUCGCUGCGCACGGACCGCGGCGGGGAGUUCACCUCCGCCAGCCUCGGUGAGUACUACGCCGACCAGGGAGUUAAGCGCCAACUCACGGCGCCCUACACGCCUCAGCAAAACGGCGUAGUCGAGCGCCGGAACCAGACCAUCGUGGGCAUGGCGCGCAGCCUACUGAAGACAAAGGGCGUGCCGGCGCGGUUCUGGGGGGAGGCCGUAACGACGGCGGUCUACCUCCUGAACAGGUCUACAACCAAGAGCGUGGCGGGGUCGACCCCGCACGAGGCCUGGUGCGGGCGGCGCCCAAACGUCGAGCACCUGCGCGUGUUCGGGAGCGUCGCGCAUGUCAAGGAUCGGCGGCUUAUCGCGUCUACCACCCGCCGUCGAACCGUGUUCUGGCCUCGAGGUGUCGUGUUCGACGAGGAGGCCGCGUGGGACUGGUCUCAGGUCGCGGCGACAAGCAAGGAGCCGCAGUGGGACACCUUCUCCGUCGAGCUCGAACCAGUGCCCGCCGAGGUGAUCGGCGGCACCCCUUCUGGCGCAACAACCCCUGAGGUGCCGAGCUCUCCUACAACGCCGACAUCGACGCGCACCAGUGCGCCCACGCCACAGCCCGCGAUGCCGGUCUGCGCCACACCAAGCCCAGACCGCUCUGGCGUGGAGUUCGUGUCUCCACCACCGGGGGCGUCGGUGCCGCCACCCGAUAGGGAGGCGCCGUGGUGGUACCGCACGCUGGAGAACCUGUGGGACACCACUGACGAAGGGACAGGUGAUAACAGUCAGUACAGUUACCUGUGCCUCUUCGCAGGGGAGGAGCCAACCUCCUUCAACGAGGCGCAGGAGGGAGGAUGGAGGAACGCCAUGAACGAGGAGAUGCAGAGCAUCGUCGACAACGACACGUGGGAGCUGUGCGAGCUCCCGCCCGGGCACCGACCGGUAGGCCUCAAGUGGGUCUACAAGCUCAAGAAGGACGCCCACGCCACGGUGGUGAAGCGCAAGGCGCGGCUGGUGGCAAAGGGAUACGUCCAAGUCCAAGGAGUGGACUUCGAAGACGUGUUCUCUCCGGUGGCGCGCAUGGACUCGGUGCGCGUACUGGUCGCGCUCCCUGCGCACCACGCAUGGCCGGUUCACCACAUGGACGUCAAGUCCGCUUUCUUGAACGAGGACUUGCAGGAGGAGGUCUACGUCGUUCAGCCGCCCGGGUACGUUACCCCCGGCGAGGAAGGGAAGGUGCUGCGCCUGCGCAAGGCGUUGUACGGGCUACGCCAAGCCCCAAGAGCUUGGAACGCCAAGCUAGACGAGAGUCUGCGCUCUCUGGGCUUUGAUCGUUGUCCCUCGGAGCACGCGGUCUACCGACGCGGGGAGGGCGACAAACUCCUGCUCGUCGGUGUGUACGUUGACGACCUCGUCAUCACGGGCGCGGACAAGACAGAGAUCGACGCAUUCAAGCACCAGAUGACCACACUCUUCCGCAUGAGCGACCUCGGUGAGCUCAGCUACUACCUGGGCAUUGAGGUUCGCCAGGGACGCGAUCGCAUCACGCUCUGUCAAGCAGCCUACGCGAAGAAGCUGGUGGAGCGCGCCGGGCUCGAGGAGUGCAACCCCGGCAAUCUGCCAAUGGAAGCUCGACUGAAAUUAAGCAGAGACAGCAAGGAGAGGCCGGUGGACAGCACGGAGUAUCGCAGCAUCAUCGGAGGACUGCGCUACCUCGUGCACACAAGGCCGGACAUCUCCUUCGCCGUCGGCUACCUGAGCCGCUUCAUGGAGGCACCGGCUUCAGAUCAUUACGUGGUUGUGAAGCGCCUGCUAAGGUAUGUAGCAGGCACGCUGGACUACGGCUGUGCCUACAUCCGAGGCAAGGGCACGCCUGAGCUGCUGGGGUACAGCGACGCGGAUCACGCCGGCGACAUCGACGACAGGCGGAGCACAACGGGAGUGCUCUACUUCCUCGGCGGCAGCCCAGUGAGUUGGCAAUCGCAGAAGCAAAGAGUGGUGGCGCUCUCCUCAUGUGAGGCGGAGUACGUGGCCGCCACCACCGCCGCCUGCCAAGGGAUUUGGCUGGCUCGGCUGAUCGGAGAGAUGCUGAACACCGACGUCCGGCCACCGCGACUUCUGGUCGACAACAAGUCAGCAAUCUCUCUCUCCAAGAACCCCGUCUUCCAUGAUCGAAGCAAGCACAUCGAGAUACGAUACCACUUCAUUCGUGAGUGUGUGGAAGAAGGGCGGAUCGACAUCAACUACGUCUGCACCAAUGAUCAGCUCGCCGACGUCCUCACCAAAGCACUCGGACGACUCAAGUUUCUGGAGCUUAGGGGGAGGAUUGCGAGUUGUGAGAGAUCGAGCGACCCCGACACCAGGCACCGCGUGCACGUCAGCGGCACCGUGCCGGCCCUCGCCCUCCUGCUGCCCAACCCAUCCCCCCACAGCAGGCAAGACGCGGAGGGGCACGUCAAUCUGGUGCACAACUUGACGGUCGUCGUGGUGGUGCUUUUGGCCGCGUUCAUGGCGCUCAUCGUCAGGGUAGUCCAGCCGACCGACGAACUGAUGACCGCGUUCGUCCUAUCGGCGGUAGGGUGGAUGCACGCCGCCUUGUGGGCGGUGGGGGUCUCCAGCGGCCUCAUCAGCGGGGUUCCCCUUGAUCAGCCGACGCCGUCGGUGUCCUCACUCAUCCCAUGUUUGUUCGGCUCUCCGUUCGUGGGGUUAAUCCUCGGCCAAGUCCCGUUCGUCUUGUUCCAUUGGCUUUUGAUAAUCUCCCUGCCCUUCUUCUUCCCUAGUUCUACCACUUGA